GGCAGUUAGCUAAUUUGAGUUGUGUAAGGCUGCUGUUAUUGUUUUCUGUGUGUGUGUGUGUGUGUGUGUGAUGCCAUCAUCCUCAGCAGAACCUCCCAUCAUGGCGGAGGAGGAGCGCGUGUCGCACCCCGGCUUCAUCCCCGCGCGCUACUCGGCUCUCCUCAUUAUCAGCGCGACUCCGGAGCGGAACAUCCGGGACUUUAUCGCCUCAGAGAUACACAGAGGGUUGCGGGUGUGGGAUGUGGAUCUGACGGUGUGUAAUUUGGAUGAAGAGCUAAGAGUGUUUGUGAGUCGUCGCUCCUCUCAGAGCUGCAGUGAUGUUAAAGGUCAGCGGAUAUUGGAGCUCAGUACGAGUGUGUUAAGCUGCAGAGUUGUCUUCAGUCCCUCAGAGGAAACGCUCUACUCUCAGAUAUAUGGCCUGAUAACGGACACGUCUCAGCACAAGCUGCUCGUGCUGACUGGACGCUCCCUGGAGGACAGCGGGGACCUCGUCUUACACACCGGACAUUUCACUCCAAACCACUUCAUUCAGAUCUUAACAGACGAAGAGAUUCAACAUCAACUGAACUCUGCGAGUGUGACAGGAAAAGCAACCCUCACCCUUAGCUGCCCGAAGACUGGAACAUGGAAGAAUUCCAUACUCGGGAAACACAAUUUACAAGAUGUAAUAGACAUUAAGGUGAACCCUUUAAUGGUGCUGCCAAAAAUGGAUGGCCUUCAGGAGUUCACCAAUCAUCUCUGCGAGAACAUUGAGCCACCUUCGCCUUUUGAUCUACUAGAACCCCCAAGCACAGUGGGGUUCCUCAAACUCUGUCGUCCCUGCUGCUACAUAUUUCCAGGCGGGAGAGGGGACUGCGCCUUUUUCGCUGUCAACGGAUUCAACGUCCUGGUCAAUGGUGGAUCGGAUCCACGGUCUUGUUUCUGGAAGUUAGUCAGGCAUCUGGACCGUGUAGAUUCUGUUCUUCUAUCUCACGCUGGGACUGAUAAUCUUCCAGGGAUUAAUAGUCUUUUUGCAAGAAAGGUUGCAGAGCUCGAGGAAGAUAAUUCCUCUGACUCAGAGAAGAAGGAAAAAUGGCAAAAAAAUCUGAUCUCUCCAGAGUUGGGUGUCGUUUUCUUUAAUGCACCAAAAAGGCUGAAAAAAAUUCAAGGUGAUCCAAAUGUGCUGCGAAGUAGUGAUCAAGCAGGAUUUACUUUACGUCAUUUGGAGAAGCUCAAGAUCUCAACAGAACCACUAUUUCGCAAUUCGAGCGGUCCCAUAGAACCAGUGAUUCUGUUUCAGAAGAUGGGAGUCGGAUGUCUUGAGCUGUAUGUCAUUAACCCGGUUAAAGGCAGCAAAGAGUUUGAGGACUUCAUGAACCGCUGGCCUGAAAACAGUACCAGUCCCAAAGGUUCGGAAGUUCCCUUAAGUUCUCUGGUGUCUAUUUGCACUUUACUUGUAUGGCAUCCUGCUAGCCCACAUGAAAAGAUCAUACGAGUCCUUUUCCCUGGGUCAACGCCACAAACAAAGAUAUUGGAAGGUCUGGAAAAGCUGAAGCACCUAGAUUUUCUCAAGUGCCCUGUAGUAUGCUCCAAAGAUAUCGAACCAAAGGCAGAAAAGAACCCAAAACGAGCUGAAAGCCAAGAUAGCCUCAAGUCUGGCAUCAAAGAAUCCAGGUCAAGCAGUGCCACAACAAAGGAGAAAUCAGUCCGUGGGUAUCCAGAGCCAAAAGACCAGGUCAAGGUCAAGUCUAUGAAUGGUGAAGAAAAACCGAAGACUGUUGAAAUUGGUGUCAAGCCUAAACUGAACAAAACCAUUGCAAGGAAGGAGUCUUUUAAAGCCAACAAAAAAGAUGACAGGAGUACCAUGCCAGUGUCAAAAAAACAGGAAAUUGGACAGAGGAAAAUGUCAGGCAAAAAGGAUUCCCCUUUGAACAAACAGAAGAAUGAUGAAAAGAGUGAAGAAAGAAAAAACAAUUUGAUGGGAAAAGAGGCCAAGAAACUGGCUCCAAGGUCUGCAUCCCCUUCUGCAGACCCAAAUAAAUCUGCAAGUGCAAAGAAAAAUGAAAUGAAAGUAAACAACGGGACAGAGGACAGAGUAAAAAGCAAUAAAUCUAACAAGGAGCAGCAAAACCAGAAGCUCUCAGGUGAUGUGGGGGAUCCAAAACCCUCAGAGAUCUCUUCACCCGAGGAUUUGACAGCAGAGUUUCUGGAAAUGGAGAAAGAGCAGUCACAUGAAUUGUCUGCUAAAAUUCCUGACAUGCCAUCAAGGAAGGAAUCAGGAAGUGAGGACGAUCCAAAAAACAUCCAUGUUAGUCCAGAGAAGGCUUUAGAUGACAUACUGAAUCCAGUCAAGUCCACUGAGGCUUCAGGAAUUGUCAAGACUCCAAAAAGUGAGCACAGUGUAAAUAUGGACCUUACACCCACUGAGUUUAACUGGCUUGAUGGAGCUUUGAAGGACAAUCCACCCAAAAGUGUCCAGGAUGAAGUCUGCAUUAGCCCAGAUGAGAAGACCUUGGAGUUGAGUCCUCCAAGAUCUGGUCCAAACAGUGCUGGUCAUACACCAUAUCACCUUUCCCCUGAGGAAACUUGGGCCUCCAGAGACCGCAGCAGCUUAGUAGCUAAGAUGUGCUUGGGAUCAGACAGCCAGCAAGGAGGAUCAUGUAAGACUUCAGAGACUGGAUGUCCCAAAAGUACUCAAGAAAGCAACUCCAGUUCUUCUAAAGAGAAACACUCCAGUUUCCUGUCUCUGAGCUCUUUCAAGGACAUUAUGCCUGAUAUAUCACCCACGGUGACCACCACCACCCACUCAUUGCCUGCUGAAGUUAGCUCACCACAAUCCACUGAGGUUGACGAGUCUUUAUCGAUGUCCUUUGAGCAGGUGCUUCCUACGGUCAGUGAAUCCACAAAUGAGGAUGAGAUGUCCUACUCUAAUGGACACUAUGCAGAUCCUGAGUUCAAAGUAGGCAUGUCUUUGUCUUUAAAGAUGGCACAUACAAAGAGGGUGAUGAACGAUGCAUCGGAUGGACGUCCUUCUGGACCACAGAGUCUGAUGUUUGAUGCUCCUAAUGAUGUCGACCUUUGUUUGGUUUCUCCCUGCGAAUUUAAACAUUUUAAACAUCUAGAGAAAGAUCAGCACACCCUUUCACCAGGACUUAUGGCUACCAGCCCGCAUGACUUCUCAGAUGACAGCGAUCACUCCCAGGAAGUGGUGAAGCCCCUGCACCAGGCAUUUUUCAGCAACAAGGCCACUCACCCAGCCCAGGAAACUCCUCUCACCUCUGCUAGCGACUACUUCCCCACUGGCUCGGAUUCCGACCCUCAACCCGGUCUGGAGGAAUGUCCUUCUAUCACUGCAGACGGUGCGUUAGAUUCUGAUGAGGAAGCAGGUGUACACUGCUCCUCUGAGAACUUGAACCUGAAUAAUUCACCACUUCAGGAUCCUCUUCCUGUUCCUCUCAAAGAUAUCCCUCCUCUUCCUGCCCAGCCUGGGGCCUGCAUGCCUGAUCCUGGGAAACUUGGUAAAACAGGUUCAAAGAACAGGAAGAUGACUGUGGUUACACAGAGGCUAAGUGCAUCUAGCACUUCGGCACAAGCUAGCAAGAGCAGAACAGGGACUCAGACUGGUUCGGUUGGGAGUCUGAGGUCAAAUUCUACUGCAGACACUCCAGUUUCACGUUCCUCCCAUUCUGGUGCAAAAAGACCAACCACCGCAGCAGGUAUCAAGGGCAUCACCUCUGUGUAUUUGGACCUGGCGUACCUCCCAUCUGGAAAUGCAGCAUCCACUAUUGAUGUUGAAUUCUUCUGCCGUUUGCGAUCAUCCUGUUACAUUAUAAGUGGAGAUGACACUUUGAAAGAAGACAUGAUGAGACCCAUUCUGGAUGCUUUGCUAGACGGAAAGUCUGUUUGGCCUGAAGAUGUGCCGGUGACGUUAAUCCCCACAUUUGAGUCGAUGAUGAUGCACGAGUGGUACCAUCAGACCCAGGAGAAGCAGCAGCAGCUGGGCAUCACAGUACUGGGUAGCAACAGCACAGUGGCCAUGCAAGAGGAAACGUUCCCUGCCUGUAAAGUGGAGUUCUGACACACGGUGAUGAAAUAACAGGAAGAGUGGGCGGGGGCUAAACACAACAUUUAAUUUUAAAUAAUGUUUAAAAAAAUCGGCAUAGUGUAGUGUAUUUGAUGGUAUAACACACUAACACGUGCACACUAACACACACUAACACAUACAACACACACUCACACUAACAUACCUUGUUAAGGGGGUGUUAAUGAGCUGAUCAGGUUCUAACAAACACUAAUGUACGCUAUUACACUAACCACUAUCCAGUCUUAUUAGAAUUUAUCCUGUGGGUUCUAGGUGGUUCUAGGUUUAGCUGACAUUCUAGUGAGUACACUAAGUAGGAAUGAGUUCUAGGGUUUUGGACAGAGCCCUAAAAUAGCUGUUGUUUUAUUAAGUACACUAAGUAGGGAUGAGUUCUAGAAUUUUGGAUGGAGCCUUAAAACUAUGGAAGUUAUAAUCAGGAAUAUUAUAGUUAAUUCCUGACGUAGAACCAGGAAGUAGAACACAGGAAACAGGAGAUAAAACAAGAGGUUUUUGACAUUUCAUUAUCACACAUUGCUGUGUAUUUCACAUUUACACAUUUAAUCUACAUUUGAAUCCUUUCACUGAUGUAAUAAACACCUGCAGCGUGUGUAACAGUGUGUUCUUGCAUGUGGUUCCGGUUUGUUUGUUUAAGAUUUUUUAAAAAUCGCACGAGUAUAAUUCAGUUUAAGAAGCCAAAGUGUGGAAAUAGCUGUAGACUGGAAGGACACGCAUGUGUGAGAGGAACCUAGAAAUAAGGACAUUCUGAUGAAGAAUAUUAUUAAUAUUAUUAUAUAGUAAAUAAUGAAUUAAUCUUCCGGAUGCAGAUUGAAAAAGGCUCCAAUCAUGAAGUUAGUGUAAACAGGUUCUCAUUUCUCCUUUUAGAUAAUAAAAAACAGCUAAUUACGUCUCUGAUUUUCCAAAAAAUGCAUAAAGCACACAUUAGUGAAGCUAGCUGUGUAUAUUUGUUGUGAAAUGUCAUGAUUAGGAGUGAAUAAAUGAUUACUCACUUAAUAAAUGAUAUUGUAUUUAAA